AUAGCUCUAGUAUAGAGGUGGGGAAAAGCGACUCGGAGUCUCUCGUCGGCGUUUCUACCGGAGUGUGACAGCGUGUGUUUGUGGACUUGUGUGUGAUCUAAAACUUCUUGCGCACUUGAUUGGACAUUUUUUGUAAGAGUGUGUGUGUGUGUGUGUGUGUGUGUGUGAGUGAGAUCAAAAGGAAGUGUGUGUGAGAUUAAAAGUUUGCGCUAUGUGAUACAUCAGGCUGUCUUACACUAAAAAUAAAAACCAGACCGGAAACUGGACCCUGGAAUCACGCAACUGAUUUCGGAUGGGAAUUUCUAUGAUGUAAGAAGUGAUUCAGUGAAUGAGCGACAUUAAGCAUGGCUUUAAAUUCACUGUUACAACACCGCUGAGGAGGAGGAGGAGGAGGAGGAGGAGAAGUCGGCUGGGAGACAGGGUUGCCUACAAAAUCAGUUUUUAUUGAAUAAUGCCGAUAGAGAAACUAGACAUGGAGGAGAAACUGCGCAUUUUGGAGGAUCUGAACAUGCUCUACAUCCGCCAGAUCGCCCUCAGUUUACAGGACAGCGAUAUCCAAAAGAAGAUCGACCAUGAGAUCCGGAUGCGAGAGGGAGCAUGUAAACUCCUGGCUGCUUGUUCACAGAGGGAUCAAGCGCUGGAGGCUUCUAAGAGUCUGCUGACUUGUAACGCUCGCAUCAUGGCGUACAUGUCGGAGCUGCAACGCAUGAAAGAAGCGCAGGUCAUGCAGCGGGUCGCACGCAGGUCUUCGGAUGCAGGACCAAUGGAUGACCGAUCUCCAUGUAAAGGCAAAGUUGCCAUUUCAGAUCUUCGAAUUCCUUUGAUGUGGAAAGACACAGAGUACUUUAAAAACAAGGGAGAGCUUCACCGAUGUGCUGUGUUCUGUCUGCUGCAGUUAGGAGGGGAAAUAUUUGACACAGACAUGGUGAUGGUGGACAGAACCCUCACAGACAUUUGCUUCGACAACACCAUCGUCUUUAAUGAAGCCAGCCCAGGAUUUGAGCUGAGGUUAGAGCUGUACAGCUGCUGUACAGAGGACGAUUACUCAGCAGGCAAUACACCACGCAAGCUGGCCAGCAAACUGAGCUCGUCUCUGGGCCGCUCAUCUGGAAAGAAGAUGCGUGCAGCUCUGGAGCCUGGAGCCUACAGCCCCAUCAGCAACGGGGGCAACGCACAACUGCUGCUGCCUGUACCACCUGUACCAGGACCCAAGUACCAUCUCCUGGCUCACACUACUCUCACCCUCUCCCACGUCCAGGACAGCUUCCGCACACACGACCUCACCAUAACUGGCAACGAAGAGUGCUCAUACUGGUUGCCGCUGUACGGCAGCGCGUGUUGUCGCCUGGCUGCUCAGCCGCACUGCAUGACACAGCAGAUGAAUAGUGGCUGCCUCAGAGUCAAGCUCGGUGGGGAUCCUCAAGGAUGGACGAACGUUUAUGGCGUCCUAAAAGGGACAAACCUCUUCUGUUACCACCGACAGGAAGAUAUGGAGUCCAAUGUGGAGCCGUUAUUAACGAUCAGCAUUAACAAAGAGACGAGGAUACGAGCAGCAGAAAGAGACCCCCAAAGCAAAGCGCAGAGUAUUUGCAUCAGUAACCAUUAUGGAGGAGAGGAGGUCACGCACACACUAGUCACAGACAGUCGAGAGGAUACACAGCGCUGGAUGGAGGCCUUCUGGCAGCAAUUCUUUGACAUGAGUCAGUGGAAGCAGUGCUGUGAUGAGCUGAUGAAGAUUGAGGUGCCUUCACCACGCAGGCCUGCUCUAGUUACAGCCAAACAGGGCUCUCUCUACCAUGAGAUGGUUAUUGACACAUCGGAUGACAUCAGUGCCGUCACGGACAUCCUGACGAGGCGUAUCGAGGAGUUUGAUUUCCAGACUCCACCUCACUGGAUGUCUUUAUUUAAGGAAGAGCCUCCCGGUAGUCCCCAAAAUAUCCAGCACCACUCUCCACGCCACUCUCCCAGCCCCCGCUGUCACCGGCCUCAUGCUCUGCUCUCCUCCGAGGUCAGCCUGGCUUCAGAUAGCUCUAGUCCCUGCAGCUCCAGCCCCUGCUCACCCCACUACCUCUCGUCCAACCGGUUCCGUCCUCGUACGCUUUCUUUGGAUGCCAAGCUGUCCACGCUGCGAGGAAGAAACUACGGAGGUCUCCACUGUUCGUGCCAACCUCCAUCAGCCAGCUCGCUCCAUCAGCAGGCCCCACCUCUCUCCUGCUCCAGCUCCACUUCCAGUAAUAGCUCCAGUGAGGGGAGCAACAGCCCAGAAUCAGAUCUUGCCUUCUCGCGACCUUCCGGUGCACGCCGCAGCCUGAGGAACCUCCGAGCAAAGCUGGACCCUAGAAACUGGCUACAGAGUCACGUAUAAUUCCUUCAGGUUCCUUGUAACAAAAGAAUUUCUCACAAAAGCACCUACUUCUUUAAGAUGGAUCCCUUUAAUGUUACCGUUUGAAAUACAUGAAAAGUCCGUGGCUCAGGCGUUUUUAACACAGGGAGGGUGAUGAACAAAUACUAUAGCUAAUGGGCGAUUUCCUGUAAAUGGGUUCAGUGGUUGUGGUGAAGAAGAGAUAUUUAUACAUGGUUCCUGAUCAGUAUAUGUGAUAGAAUGUUCCUGUGAUUCUCAACCUCAUACAGAGGUGAUUUUCUUACAGAACAGAUGUUACCCCUGGUCCUUUACUGAUCGCAUUCAACCUGGACUAAUGAUCUGCAGUCAGUUGGAGCAGUUGAGUCAAUUCAUUUAUAGUGCUAAUUUAACCGUUGCUACACUCUAAACUACGAGCUACUGAACAUCUUUUAUGUUAAAAAUAAGCUAUGAAAUACUUCAGCUUCUCUUUUGAAGGCACAAUGCCUUAUAAAUCACGUAUUACUCUUAUAUGCAGCUCAAACAAGCAGCAGCGUUUUGCAGUUGUUAAUUUUGUUCAAAAUGCUUUAUUUAACAUCAUAUAAAUAAACAUAGUGAAUGGAAAACAAGCUUUUUUACCACCUGUUACUAUAAAACUAAUAUAGUGUUUCCUGUUGCCUGAUCCAGCUUGAUUGUCCAACCAAAACUAUUCAGCCAACAGCAGUAAUGUGACCCCAAACUGAUACUGAUGAAGUGUUAGGUGAAUAAAACACUAUGCAGGAAGAAUGCUAAGGCAAAAAUCUCUACACCAUAGUGUUGUCCUGACAUUGGUGCUGUGCCAGAUAUGUGUUACUGCAUGUCUGUGUAAGUGCUGAGCUGUGAAUGGUCCAUCUGAUGAUAAUAACAUCUGUGAGCAGUAGUCAUCUCGAGGUUACGUUCCACUAAUUGACAGACUAAAAGCUGAUAAAUUGUGCAUAUAUAUGAACAGACACUGAUCAACUAUUUCAACUCAUAAUAAUGGACUCGAGGGUCUGGAAGUCCUAAGAGGCCAUGCAGUAUUUUUUUUCCUUUCUCGUUUUCACAUCAUCACGACAAUGUUCUAACGAGCUUGACAUGACGACAUACGUUGUUCCUGCAUUCUGAAAACUGAAAUAGCUUCUCAAGCGUUGGACACUUGUGUGCAAGUUGUCAGUCACUAACUGACUUACUGAUCAAUGUUUGCUAUGUCAAUAUCACAAGUUGUGAUAAUGAGAAAACACCUUUUGUUAUGGUGAGAAGAUUAUCGUAUUUUCCGUGUCUGGUAUGUGGAUUCUUAGAAAAAAUGGUAAUUUCUUAACUCACGUCUUUGAUCUGGAAUUGUUGAUAGAGUGGACCUUUAAAAAAAAAAAGAUAUGAGGUGCAUAUUUAAGGUGUAGUUUUGAAGGUGCGAUGUCAGCAAGAUGAAAUGGUAUAGUUAAGUACCGUUUUAAAACAAUUUACACCCCAAAAUUAUAUCCAACUGAAGUUCAGCUGGCUGUUGAAUUACCACAGUAUUUUAUAACAACUGGCCAAUUUGACAAAAUCGCCAUUCUGCAGGUGAUGUGAAAUGUUUCACCCUCAUGUUACACGUUAUACACGAACAGCUUUAGACAUCGGCUGCCGUUUACGUAACUGUGUUGCACACUGCUGUAUUGACUGUGCUAGAGAUCGCAGAAACACAUGAAAUUGUUAGAAUACUCCCCCUCUAGGAAACCUACAUGACUAUGCAAAUGCAUUCCUGUUCUCAAAGUGUUAUCUGCUCCACAUUUCUACAUCAUCAGUGCACGUUAUUUCUCUUCUGAUCAGAAGUCUAUUUAGUCAUUUCUCUGCUUUAAAGAAGAGGUCAAUAUUGAAAAAGACGAGCUCUAAUCGCCACCAGACAACAACUAUAGAAUUCGGCUGACAAUUGAAUAUAAAUGUGUAUAUCUCAGGAUUGUAAUUUUCACCAUAAGGAAGUCUUCUGAUCUGAUCAUGAGUUUGUGGUGCAGUGGAUCUGUAUUCUGUUUCAGUUUGUUUACUGAGAAAUACAUCAGUAUGGUGGAAGUGGUGAAUUUAUACACUGUAUUACUGUAUUGAAUUGAGAUUAGUAACUAAUACCGCUUUACAUUGCUAAUUAAGAGCCACCAGGGUGAACCUUUUAUUCUGUACAUUCAUUCAGCCUGUGUUUCCUGUUGUAAAGUUUUUUAUAUUAACAACUUUCAUUGUUGCUUUUGUAUUUUACCAUAAUUUUUUGUUGUUGUUAUAAAUGCAUCUAUUGAGAUAUUUUAUCAGGUGAGUACAGGUCUAACUAUACUGGUAGAUAUGUUUAACCUGGAGAUAAGCAUCCUAUCAGCAGGCUGUUUGCAUGCACAUGGCCAUUGAAGCGAAAAACUAACUCGGCAUGUAAAAUAAUUAUAAUAGUAAUGCAAAUUAUAAAAAAAAAGCUUUAAAUAAA